UUACUAAUAUCAUAAACUAAACCUUUUGUUCUAUGACUUUUAAUAAUUCUCAGAUUUUAGUUCAUCAAAAUUUUCACACAAAAAUUAAAAUAUUUCUAUUGUACGGUCUAAAAUUUACGAAGUCUAUGCGAAGCAAAACAAGUACAAAAGACAGCGGAGGCGAGCGGGGCUCGGUCGGCGGGGGAGCGUUUGAACUUGACCUAUUUACGAGCGGCCGUCAGUCGUUUUUAUGCGCCCGCGUCGCGUUAUACGUGUCCUUGUAGCGAAAUUCGGUAGUGCGAACGUAAUUAUCUUUACGGUAUGGCGUAUCGAUAUUCAAAUGUCGAGUACACGGAAAUGGUGCGAAUGCUUGCUAGGUGUGAUGACAAUGUUUCGGAAGCCUGUCGCCAAUACGCCAUACGAUUCCCAAACAUCCCUACACCUCGCUUAGUAACAAUGCUAGCCGCCACACAGCGGUAACGAGAUUACGGGCAAUUCCGGCAUGCCAUCAGGGAUAGUGGUCGUCCACCGAGACACACGGUUAACGCUUUCGUGUAAGGAAAAUCUCAAAUACCUCAAUAACCAUGAAAAUCCUCCUCAUCAGCGCUCUAGCAGUGGUCUGCCUAGCGGAGCCUCCGGUGAACAGGUACCUCCCUCCUCAGGCCGGGGGCGGAGCACCCUCGCAGCUGUACGGAGCCCCCGGCGCGGGGCGCGGCCAGACUGAUGCCUUGUUCGGCCGUGGCUCAUCCCGUGGCGGUUCCCGUCGCCCCUCAAGCCAAUACGGAGCCCCGUCCCAGGGUCAAUUCAACGCCCCAUCUUCUCAAUACGGCGCUCCUGGUCAAAACCAGCCUUCUUCCCAAUACGGGGCCCCUUCUACCCAGUAUGGCGCCCCUGGUCUAGGUAACCAGCCUUCAUCGCAAUAUGGAGCGCCUUCUGCUUCUCAGUUCGGCGCCCCGUCCUCUCAAUACGGCGCUCCGUCUUCCCAAUAUGGUGCUCCGUCUGCUUCUCAGUUCGGCGCCCCAUCGUCUCAGUAUGGCGCCCCGUCUGCUAAUGGUCCUUCUCAGCAGUAUGGUGCUCCUGGAUUCGGUGGUUCUCAGGGAGGUGGUUCCUACAGAGGUCAGGCUCAGAGCCGUCAGUACCUGCCCCCUGGUGCCGGAGGAUACGGCAGCGAUGAUGGUAGCAACGGAGAGCCAGCGAACUACAACUUCGAGUACAUGGUGAAAGAUGACCAGUCAGGCAACGACUUCGGUCACCGCGAGUCCAGGCAGGGAAACAGGGCUGAGGGACUUUACUACGUGCUCCUCCCUGAUGGUAGGAAACAGACCGUGCAAUACGAAGCCGACCAGGGCGGUUACAAACCGAAGAUCUCUUACGAAGAUACUGGUUUAGGUCAGGGUGGCUACGACAGAAACAGCCAGUCUGGCUACAACGGAGGAUACCAGGGACAGGGCUAUUAAAUAAAAUAACUCCAAAAAUAGGGCUCAGGCUUAAAUAUACGGAGAAUGGUAAUGAAGUUGGGUAAGACCCGGUUUGGCAGGUUAUAAUCAUCGGCAAAGAUAUUGAGCCCUGGCCUCCGCCUGCGUAGAAGUGAUUUAUUGGUUUAUUGCCUUAAGUGUACCUACGGUGCGCAAAGCGAUCCCCACUCUUCCGCCGAGAGCUCAUUAUCCGUGCCGAUAACUAUAAGACCCGCUUUGACUGGUUACUGAUAAAGUGUCGGUUAGUUAUCUGAUAGUUAAUGCUAUCUGAGAGAUAAAGGCUGCUUAUUGUUUUUCUGUCAGAUAAGUUCCUGAUAUCUAUCACCUGGUUAUCUGUCAGCUAGUAGUAGUAGUUUUUCGUAUAUUUAAGCCUGUCAAAGAAUUUUCGACUUUAUCAAUCGAUUUUGAAUGGAUUUUGUUAAACGUGUUAAAAGUUAAAAAUAUGUAAUGGAAGUGAAAAAUGGUUGAUACUAUUAUUAUCAUUCAAACUGAUAAAAUAUGUAAAUUGUGAAACUUAUAUUUUGACAGUUGACAUAUUUUAUCUGUCAUGUUUGCAAUAUGGCGGGAAAGUUGGAGAAGUUAUGUUGAAAACGAAAAUGUUAUAUUUUUUAAUGUUGUGCCGUAUUUAAGACAAGUCAAUUUGUUUUAGUAGGAUUAUAUUUUAAUUGAAUCAAGGCUAUUGUUUUAACUAGCCUUGAUAGUAAAUGCAAAAGGAUAAUAUUUUCGUUUUCAACAUUUUUGAGGUUAUAUUUUUAAGACGACGACUAACGCUGUUUUUAAAGGAAACGAGUCAUUUACGAGAUUUUGUACAAAACGCUUAUUUAGAUGUAGUUUUAAGGAAAACAAAAUGGCGAAAUAUAUUUUUUAUUCUAAUUUUCAAAAAAUCUUUAUCAAUCUAUUAAAAAAAAAACUAUUUUGUCUAUUGUUUUUCUUAUACAUAUAUUUUAUUUGUGAAAUGUUCAGAAAAAUGAUUAUAUUUUGAAAUCAACAAAUAUUAUUAUGAUUUUGAACAUUUUUGUAUAAUUAUGACUUCAUAGGCCAGUUAAUCCAAAUGCUCAAAAUUUAAUAGCAUUAUUAAAUAUGCUUUUAAUACAGAUUAUUAAUAGUAAUAGCGGACGAAAGAAAUCUACGUAAGUAAUAAUAUGAAAAUCAUUGCUCUCAUAUUUAUGUAUCUAUUCAUUUAAAUAAUACUCAUUUAGUACUUUAGAUCGCGUAACUCAUUAUUU